AGCAGUUGCACAGUACACUACAUUUGAAACACUUAUUGAAACACUUAGACAACCUGGAGCUAAGGAGGCAAUACAGUAUUUUCAGACUGCAUUUGUGGGUUCUAUUGGUCCUCGGGAAGUUUUUACACCGACAAGUCUGAGUUAUGCUAGGUUUCUUGCAGCUGAAGGUGUCUUGUACCCUGGCAAGAAAGAAAACACAUUUAAGAUAUCCUCUCCACUUGUGCUCUCACUGAUUAUAUUGCAAGUGAUCCCUUUUGUAUUCCCAAGUGCUCCGAAAAUGGGGAUUCCUAGGCGGAAUGAUGGGUUACAUGUAAUGGACACUCUCCAGGUCUUGAAGGAAUGUGUUUGUGCAUUCGAUAAGGAUACUAUUCGUGCAGCACGUAUUCAGUCAUUUAAGAUAGCAGAGACAAAGGUGGCUGGUAGAUUGGGAGUGAUGGUCCCUCGAGAAACUGUUUAUGAUGCUGAGUUGAAUCGUAUCCUUAUGAAUUGGCUUGUUGUACAUGGAAACUUUCAAAUUGCUGGACAAUGGUAUACUAAUACUAAAGAGUGUCUUGUUGGUCAAAGGAGAAAAGUUAAAAACCGGUAUUGUGACCUAGUCAUUACACCCGAAUUUGAUUCCACGGCAUCCAUAACAAUCAGACACCCUGGAGUCCUCCUUGAGCUUAUAGCUUCAGCAGAUGAGAAAAAUCUUGAGGAACAUUUUGAGCGAGCGCAGAAGUACGGGAAGAUGAUUGGCAUUAAUGAGAAGCUGGCAGGCCUUAAUGUUGUUCACUUUUGGCAUGAUCGUACCUUUGAUAAUGUUGAUAUGAUUGCUCGUUGUCUAGAUACCAAUGGCACAGUUAGUGAUAUUAAGCCUGAAAGAAUAGUUCGUCCUAGCGUUCUACAUAGCAUUCGUAAUUUCUUUUCAUACUACACGUAA